CCCUUUGUUAUCAUUCCAGUGAAGAGUAAAUAUAAUGAGCAAAUUUAUGCCUAAUGCAACUGGGUAUAAAUCUGAGUAAGUGCUUUCAACUCCACCCAAGUAUAAAGAACAAAAAGGGGGAAAACAAUGAAUCAGUAUUGCUUCCGUUUUGCCAGUAUAGAAGUCUCUCAACUUAUACUACUAAAAUUAAACUAGUUGUGAAAUAGCAUAAACUAGUUAUGAAAAAGCAUGCCUGGAAGGUAAGUAUUGGAGCUACACCGCAAACCCUUUUAAAUGCUUCAUUAAUUACAAGAACCUUAAUAUGUACUCUAAUAGAUAUAUAAAAAUACUUUUUUUCCUCAGAAAUAAUAAAUACAAAAAUAAGUAUUGCUAUCAGAUAACGAAGAUUUGAAUAUAUGUAACUCAGGAUGGCUUAGAGUGCUCUGGUUCCUUGCUUUCUCAAGUUUUAAGAGAAUCAAUUAUUCCAAAAAUGCAUGUAUCUUCUUCCCUGGCAAACAUGGAGCUAAAAAAAUCUUUGAAAAUAAAGAACCCCCUUGGGAAAGCAAGUUCUCAGAAGUGUUGAUCCCUUUACCUAGAGCAGGAGAGGUUGCUCUGUCCUUUAACUUCUGGAGAAGGUGCCGCCAGUGCCCUGCCCUGCUUCGCCCUGCUGCACGACGAGACGAGCGUGCCAGCCUGCCGUGGGACCUCAGAGCUGGCCACCGGCACACACACAGGCUGCUCCACUCUUGCUACUUAGAACAUGUUACUGCUUAUGCUCCAGUUACUGACAAAUAGCUUCUGUAGUAACAGGAAUCGCGCAUUUAAUAGGCUGUGGGUUUUUCUGUCUUAACAACUUGUAAAUCUGCCUCCUCCUCCGCCCCCGUCAAUAAACUCUCUCCCCGCGAGACACGAAGUAGUGACCAGAACAAGUGCGUAGGUAGCACACUGAAAGGCCCACGCACCGACACCUCUGUGCUCUUGGGGAGGCAUUUGCUUCCUCCGAAACGAACUGAAAACCGGGUAUGAAUGGUGCGCCAGCCUGGUGAUGAAGGCGUCCCUGAAGGCGUCCAUCUCCCUUCUGAAAAACACCUUGCUGGGAUCAGAUGAAGCUACAGAUGACAUGACCAAAGUCAAAACAAUGCAUGAACUGAUGAGAAACAGCGCUGAGAAUGUUAGCUGCUUAGACGCUGGAAAUCCUAAGUGCAACUUCACUACUAAAAGAAACCCUGAUGUUAUGUGACCAUUGAGCAGAGUUUGCAAGAAUGGAAAACCAAAGGAAAACCAAAACUAUUUGCAUCUCAUAAAUAAAAAUUUUUAAGAUUCAGCUGAAUCAAAAAAUUACUCCAGCCAUGGGAGAAAAUGCAAGUUUUUGGGAAAGUUUGAUAUAUGCACAUCCUACAUGUACGACCUGGAAGCAGGAGGCAGAGGGAUCUAUCUACCACCUAGCCAGCAUUUUCUUUGUUGUGGGCUUCAUGGGUGGAAGUGGAUUCUUUGGUCUCCUCUACGUCUUCAGCUUGCUUGGACUGGGCUUUCUCUGCUCUUCUGUUUGGGCUUGGCUGGAUGUGUGUGCUGCUGACAUAUUCUCCUGGAAUUUUGUACUGUUUGCUAUAUGCUUCGUCCAGUUCGUUUACGUUACCUACCAAGUCCGGAGUGUUGCCUUUGACAGAGAAUUCCAGGAACUCUACAGUGCUCUCUUCCAGCCUCUGGGAAUUUCCUUGACUGUGUACAGGAAGAUCGUCUUGUGCUGUGAUGCAGAAGUGAUUACCCUGGAGAAGGAGCAUUGUUACGCCAUGCAGGGCAAAACACCCAUUGACAAACUGUCCUUGCUUGUGUCAGGCAGGAUCAGAGUGACAGUUGAUGGGGAGUUUCUGCAUUAUAUUUUUCCUCUUCAAUUUCUGGACUCUCCUGAAUGGGAUUCACUGAGGCCCACAGAAGAAGGAAUUUUUCAGGUAACGCUUACGGCAGAGACAGAUUGUCGGUACGUGGCCUGGAGGAGAAAGAAGCUCUACCUGCUCUUCGCUAAACACCGCUUCAUCUCCCGCCUGUUCUCCAUUCUGAUUGGGAGCGACAUCGCUGAAAAACUGUAUGCCCUGAACGACAGGGUGCACGUGGGGCAGGGCUUUAGGUACGACAUCCGCUUGCCCAACUUCUACCACGUGGCGCUGCCGGAGACCCCUCCCGUGCAGCCCUCGCACCAACCCCACCACCUCCAGCGAGGCUCCCCCCGGCGCAAGCCCGCGGGGGUGACAAACUGCGGCUCCUUCCUCGCACCGUCCUAGGAAGGAAAAUUCUGCUGCAGCCACUCCUCAAAGCGGUGAAGGGAAAUGGAAGGUGGCAAAGCAGAAGAGCAGAGAGACAAAAGCAGAUGAAGCCGAAUUUGACUGACAAGUGCCAUUUAUGUUAACUGGAGUAGGUUGAAUUCUCUGUCUCAAGCCAGCAGUUGGCUUCUGCAUUUUGACUGUCUGUGCAAUAUGUUUACUUUCUGUUGAUACUCCUGUUGAUCUUCAUCUCUUUUGUUUUGGAGGAGAACAAAUCAUAACAGUCUGAGGUCUUAUUGCAAUUGUGGUGACCUCUGUGGUGGUGUGUUGUUUUGUUGUUUGGUGUUUUUUUUUUUUUUAAGCUAAUUAAAAUUGUAAUAUUGUAAUUAUAUUUUCCUCAAAAAAUUUUGUCACAAGUAUAGUCAGAAUAGUCAAUGAAAACAAGUAAGUUGUCUUCAAAAUAUAGCAACUGGCUUAUAAUGUUCUUUUUUAUGCCAUGUGAACAUUCUCUCAAUUUACAUGAAUAAUCUUGCAGAAAAAAAGGCUAAGGAACGAUCACAUUGGGUUUGUUUCUUAAAGAAAUGAAAGAUUUUGAAAUGCACAGCAAAAUUGUUGAAAACCCAAACAAAACAACAAAUUCUGUCCCAUGAGUAAUCGGUUUCUCUCCGACUGUCCUUAAGAGGUAUUACAUGAAAACAAACAUAAGUGUCAUUGCUGGCAUUAGAAAAAUAAAAGAGCUGUAACUGCUGCAAAUACAGCUUAGGGAAAUGGUUGUGUAGCAUUUCUGAUAAAAUGUGAUGCUAUAGGACCUGGGCUUCUGCAGUGUAAGUGCCCUUCGUGACAUGUACAAUAAAUAAUGUUAAUCAAUCUACUGCCAAACCGUUGGAUUUUGUUGUAUAAUAUUCCUUUUAGCUAUGUUUGUCAGGAAGAGACUAAACAGCUGCAGCAAUAAAUACAAUUUUUAACUGA